AUGCAGCCUCAAAGUUCUUUCGCAAAGUUUCAGGCACAGCCCGCCUUUGGAGUUCCCGAUCCAACGAGGGAAUACUACUCUGGAUUUGAAUAUCCAAUCGCAAUGGGCGUCAACGACAUCACCCAGCCUCCUCUCCUGUUGCAAUGCUACCAGCUUUGGGUUCCUUCUAUGGGAUUAUGCGGGAGACUGCCAAUGGAUGCUACGCAAGGAAGAGACUAUGUUCGUUGCCCCCUUGCGACACUGCGAUGA